GGGGCAAAAUUGUCAUUUGAAUGGAGGACAGCUUCCCUAUCCCUCCUUUGUUGGCUUUUAUUAUUUUUAUAGGCAGAAAAUUAUGCUGUUUCUUCUAUGCCAUCAACCAAAUCAAGAGAAAGCACAGAAGGGUGCUUAGGAAUGAUAAGACCCCUCUAAUCAUUUGUCACUCUUUUUGACUCUUACUCGUCGUUCUCUCUCUCUCUCUCUCUCUCUCUGUUCGCCAUUUUCUUGACCGAAUAUAACCACCUUCUUUCUGUGGUGUAUAUGGGUUUUACUUUGUUCAUCUUUUCUCCGUUUCUGUUGUUUAACAGUGGAGCAUACUGGUGAAGUUACAGGCCUCUAUUUCUGAUGGCACGCCAGGAGGAGGGAUGGCCACUAGGAUUGCAGCCACUGAAUGUGAGAGUGAAUGGACUGUUCAGGAACCAUGAUAUUUUCGGAUCUUUCAACAGUUUGCUCAGUGGUUCACCUACUUCCUCUACCGACUCUUCGUCAGAUUUAGAUACAGAGUCCACAGGCUCUUUCUUCCAUGACAAGAGCAUAACACUCGGGAGCUUAAUGGGUGUUUCCAGAAUUGUAGAUCUGCCCAGAAGAAGAUCAACAAGGGGAAUGAGAUCAGAAGUUUCAGGCGGCCACAAGGCGGGCUUCAGGUCCAGAGCUUGGUGUUUCUCUCUUUGCCCCACAGACAGCACAGAUGCUGAGUCGACAGCGAACAACAACAACAGUAACAGUAGUAACAAUGGUAAUCCACCAUCGCUUGGCCACUUUCUUGCAGUGGAGAGGAGGGCUGCUAAUGAAAAUAGGAGGAACCAUAUCAACCUUCUUUAUGGUCCUGAUGAUGAGAUUGCUUUGGCUCAGCCCGAGAGUGCGCCGAACUCACUGUUCGUGGAUGGGCGGGUGGCUCCUCCUUGUUCAAGUCCAUGGCUGGGAUCAGAUGGUGAGAGGAGGCCGCAUGGCAAUGGCUGUGGAGUUCCAGUCCUCUUCUCCUGCGUGUGUGGACAAGCCAUCUAGGAAAUUAGCUAGCUUGCCCAAAAACUCUUGUGUUUCUCCCAUUGAUGAUUGAUGAUUUGAUUUGUAGAAGAGAUUUUGUUUUGCGGCCAAAGGUAAUUUAUUUCCACUGACUUCACAAGUGAACUCUUAA